AACAUUAAGUGAUUUAAACAUUUCCACUUUCUCAUUUCAAUCUAUUUUGCUAUUAUGGAUUUCUGAUUCGUUGAUUAGGAAAGUACUCCUUUAUUUUCUCCAUCAAACUGGUUUAAUGAUUUAGGUAACUUCUACUGAAGACCUGUGGGGGGCAGCAUUACACACACACAUCAGUGUACAGCCUGCCAGAAAAAAUUAGAAGAAGCAGAACUCUGUAUGAAAUGUUGUUUUGCAUUGCAUACAGUCAAAACAGUAAUGUGCAUUGCUAAGGCUAUUAUGAAUGCGGUAUCUGUAGCUGUACUAUUUUCCUGUUGGACUAUAAUUUUUUAACAUGGAAAAUACUGAAAAUACAUAUUUUGUCCUGAAACUUUCAGCUAAACAGAGAUCAGUGGUUUGUUCAAAAUUGUCCUAACGACUAAAAGUAUUUUCAAACCUCUUAUGACUUUAAAAGGCUUUAAAAGAUGACUUCCUCUGUCACAGUCGCAGAACGAGUCACAUCUUGAUAAACAUCUAUGUCUACACCACACUGGCUUUAAAACACAGAAGUUACUUUUUGAGCUUCUUUUGUGCAACUGAAGAAAAACCUUCGUGUUUCUCUGUUUCAGCUGCAGACUCAUCGUUUCCGCAGAGAUGAAGGAUGAAUGCAGGAGUUUGAUGGCAGCUCUGUCUGUGAAGGUGCUGACAGUCUACAUGUUCCUGAGUGUCUUCUUCCUUCCAGGAGUUUGGGCUGAAUGUAAAGAGAAUUCACAUCUUCACAUGACUGCACCAAAGAAGCUGGAAGCUCUGAGUGGAUCCUGUUUGAUAAUUCCAUGUAGCUUUAAGAAAACACCAGGAAAUGGAGAGAAGUUUGACAAGAGCAAACAAAUCAUUGGAGUUUGGAUUAAAAACAAUACUCAGUUCGUUGAAAAUCCAAACAAUGUGAUUUUCAACAGCACUAAUCAAACAAACAUCUAUCCAAUGAAGAUUAUUGGAAACCUGACGCAGACAAACUGCACCACUUUGUUUUCUAAUUUGACCACAAAAUAUACAGAAAGAUAUUAUUUUAGGAUUGAAGAUGGAUAUUUUAAAGUAGUCGACCGUUGUAAUUUCAUUGAGAUAAACAUUCAAGAUUCUCCUCAGAGUCCCAGCAUUGAAAUCCCAGCUGAUCUGAAGGAGAAGACGUCUGUCUCCAUCACCUGCUCGGCUCCCACUCCCUGUCCUCACUCCCCUCCUGAACUCACCUGGAAUCUCCAAGCAGACUCUCAGAGACAAACGGAGACAAACACAGAUGGAAGCUUUACAACUAAAAUCCAGAAGAACAUCACUCUGUCAGACACUCAUGAUGGAUUCACCAUCAACUGUUCUGCCAGAUAUCCUGUGAAUGAAGGACCACCAAAGACAGCAGAGACACUAAAGACUCUCAAUGUUUCAUAUGCUCCUAAGGACACCUCAGUAUCCAUCAGUCCAUCAGCUUCAGUGUCUGUAGGUAUCUGGGUGAAGAUGACCUGUUCCAGCAGAGCUAAACCUGCUGUCAUCAACUUCAUCUGGUUCAGGAGCAGCAAAGAUGGAGACCAGAAAGUAGCUGAAGGAGAAUUUUACAGUCUGAAUGCAACAGAAGGAGGAGCUUAUUACUGUGUGGCUACAAAUGAUCUGGGAAACCAGACGUCUCCAAAGAUUGAUCUGAUUGUUGGAGGUUCUCUGAAAUUAAUUAUUCAAAAUUUUGUAAGAGUUGCUGUGAUCCUCAUCCUGACCUGCUCAAUUUUCUGUAUUUGGUGUUCUAGGAAAAUUCAACGACACCAACAGGCAAAAACACAACAGAAACAACCUGCAAAUGAGCUUGAUCUCCAAAGUCCAGCCAUUGACGCCGUAUAUGAACUGUAAUGAAGAACAUUAAACAGAGAGCUGAGGAUUCUUCAACCUUUCUCCAGCAGCAGCUGGACACAGUGUACUCAAAAGUCAAAGUGUCUUAAAGAAACAACAUUUCCACACAGGCUCCUGACACAUCAGAAUUAAUCUAUCCUCAAGCGAAGAGAAUUUUAGUUUCAAACAGAAAAAAUUGACCUAACUGUUUCUCAAGUGUCUUGAAGUUGUUGUUUUAGUUAUUAAAAUAUUAAAAAUA